CAAACACCACCCUAAUUGCUAGGUACAUUCAUCCUAGAGAGAGAGAGAGAAGAUAGAGAGAGCGAGACUUUUUCUCUUUUGGCGCCCUUUCCUCGAAAUUAUACGGGCAAAGACCUCCAAGAUUCCCCAUUACUUUCUCCAUCUCCCUUCGAUUCCCCACAACUCCUAACCCUUCAUCUCUCUCUUUUCCUAUAUUCAACGUCAUAUACGUAUACGUUCACAUAUAUCGUCACUCUGCGACUCUCUCUCUUCCUUUAUAUCUUCAAUGGCUUCCGACCUAUCUGUAAUCGAGGGCGCGAAAUUGUUAAUGGUCGGUGCUGGUGGGAUUGGGUGUGAGCUUCUCAAAACUCUCGCUCUCUCUGGCUUUAAAGACAUUCACAUCAUUGAUAUGGACACAAUAGAAGUGAGUAACCUAAAUAGACAAUUCUUGUUUCGACAAUCUCAUGUUGGGCAAUCUAAGGCUAAAGUUGCUCGGGAUGCUGUGGUAAGAUUUAGGCCUCAGAUCAGCAUUACACCUUACCAUGCAAAUGUUAAAGACCCUGACUUCAAUGUAGAUUUUUUUAAGCAAUUCAAUGUUGUCUUGAAUGGGCUUGACAACUUAGAUGCUAGACGACAUGUGAAUCGCCUUUGCUUGGCAGCUGAUGUUCCAUUGGUUGAAAGUGGGACUACCGGGUUUCUAGGACAGGUCACUGUACAUGCAAAAGGUAAAACAGAAUGUUACGAAUGCCAGCCAAAGCCAUCUCCAAAAACUUAUCCUGUGUGCACUAUUACGAGUACCCCGUCAAAGUUUGUUCAUUGUAUUGUAUGGGCAAAAGACCUACUAUUUGCAAAGAUGUUUGGGGAUAAGAAUCAGGAAAAUGACUUGAAUGUGCGCACUAGUGAUGCUGCUAGCUCAUCAGAACAUGCAGAAGAUGUUUUUGAAAGUAAAAAGGAUGAAGACAUCGAGCAGUACGGGAGGAGAAUAUAUGAUCAUGUUUUUGGUUAUAACAUUGAAGUAGCUUUAUCAAAUGAAGAGACUUGGAAAAACCGUAACAGGCCAAGGCCUGUAUAUGUUAGAGAUGUCCUCGCUACAGAAUUGAUUCAGCAGAAUGGGAAUGUAGACAAAGAUUUAGUGGCUGGUGAUCCCUUGUCAGUGUCUGCAAUGGCAUCUUUGGGUCUAAAGAAUCCACAGGAUGUAUGGAGCUUAAUGGAAAAUUCAAGAAUCUUUCUGGAGGCGCUGAAGCUAUUUUUCUUGAAAAGACAAAAGGAAAUUGGCAACUUGAGUUUCGAUAAGGAUGAUCAGUUAGCUGUAGAAUUUGUUACCGCUGCUGCAAAUAUUCGGGCUGCAUCUUUUGGGAUUCCUUUGCAUAGCCUUUUUGAAGCUAAAGGUAUUGCCGGUAAUAUUGUGCAUGCUGUUGCAACAACCAACGCUAUCAUUGCUGGGUUGAUUGUGAUCGAGGCAAUCAAGGUGCUACGGAAGGAUACCAGCAACUAUAGGAUGACAUAUUGUCUUGAACAUCCAUCCAGAAAGAUGCUUCUUAUGCCCGUGGAGCCAUUUGAGCCAAACAAAUCCUGCUAUGUUUGUUCUGAGACACCUUUGUCACUCGAGAUUAAUACUAAGCGUUCAAAGUUGAGGGACUUUGUGGAAAAGGUUGUCAAAGCCAAGCUUGGCAUGAAUCUGCCACUAAUUAUGCAUGGCCAGGUCCUACUGUAUGAGGUUGGUGAUGAUCUUGACGAAGAUAUGGUAGCCAAUUAUGAAGCGAACCUUGAGAAGCUGCUAUCGGAGCUUCCUUCUCCAGUCACUGGUGGGACAAUUCUCACAGUUGAGGAUCUUCAACAAGAGCUCACAUGCAAUAUCAAUGUGAAACAUAGAGAGGACUUUGACGAGGAGAAGGAACCUGAUGGAAUGAUUCUUUCUGGAUGGACACAACCUCCUGCAGCAGAAAAAGAUGGGAAGGAAUCUAUGGGCAAUGGCGCAAGCACUUCGAGUGCAUCUCAAGCAAUUCCUCUGGAGACGAUAGGGGAUGAUGACAUAGAAAUAGUUCCAGUAGUAACUGAGGGUGUAGCUCCUGAGAGGAAAAGAAAGCUGUCCGACACUUCUAAUGCAGUCACUUCAGAUCUCUCUAGCGUCGAACAUGGGACAAGUAGUAAGAAAAAACCACAAGAAAUUGAUGAUGACAGUGAUGUUGUCAUGCUUGAGGAUGGAGAUUCUGGCAUCAGCAAGAAGAAGAGGUUGCGCUAGGCAUUUUGCCUGAACUUCUUGUCACGGCAUAACCUACUAAUUUUGUAGUUUGUACCAUAUGGAGAAUUGGCAAUUCUUUUGAUGCUUAUAACUUCAGGAGUGUGUGUUGUUAGGUCACAAUGUCGCUUGAGCUAGGCACAUUAUAUUGGUUCUCCAUCUUAGUAUUGCCAUUACAAACAUGGCAACAAUAUGUACUUAUUCUAACUUAAAUUAUUGAGUAGUUGGUGAGGUUGAACAUUGUAAUUAUCAGUACUUUUUGUUAAAGCAUAGCGUAAGGAAGAAAGAUUGGAAAGCGGUGAAUGAUACAUGACCUGCUGCUUCCUCUUGCAUUUCUUUGUGGAGAUAAAAGCAAUUAUUCUUGCUAUUCCAAGUAUUUUUGAUGCAGAUUAUAAUAUAGAGGUGAUGUUAUAUAUUGGUUAAUGUAAACCUUUCUGUGUUGCUGGCCUAGAAUUUGUG